AUGAACACGUCGAAUACUGGUGAAACACACGAUUUUGGCCCAUUAUUAGAAGUCAUACUGGGAGCCAAGAUCGAUGGCAAUCAUGGUAGGAUACCGCAAGCAACUAUAUUGAGGGUCAUCGAGCUGAAGAUUGAACAGGAGAGGACAAAACAACAGUACUAUAAACUCGAAGACACUAAGAAAUCCAUCGAAUUGUUGACGUUGGCUAAGGGUAGUGGUGUGCCCACUACACAUAUUUCUGGUCUUUUUCCACAUAGUCUGAGAAGAUCAAGCCAUAUCGCUGAUAGAACCGUAGUGGAACAAACUAAAAAUGACACAGUGGAAGGAUCUCCUUCACCAUUCAAAUUUCCACCAGUUAUUCAUAGUACAGCUAAGCCAAAUUCUCCUAAUCAUGUACCACCGAAACUUACAGUGAAUACGAGAAGGCUCAACUCUCCAGCAAAAAUUGGGGCUUCUACAGUAGCUACACUUUCACAUCAGACUUACAUUAAAGAGGAAAAACUAUCACCUAUGAAUUAUAGACCAGUCUCGAAACAGCAUUCACGGAAUUACUCUUUACCUAUUGUGAGUAAAGCGAGUUAUAAUACCAAUGUAAGUCCCACCACUACGAUUCCGAGUGAACCCAAUGUUCACAUUCCAACUGGGAUGACAUCGAUCUUAAGUUUCAAUAGUCCAAAUAAGGAUAAUCUAAUUAAAAAACCAGUAAAGAGGCACAGAAGGGCCAAAUCUAUAUCAGGAUUUGGUGUAAUCGAUUUAAAUAAUAUUCAAGAACAAGAUGAUAAUAAUGACGAAGAUUCUGUGGGAUCUAGCAAAAAUACAAGAAAUGAUGAUGAUGACGAAAAUACGUGUAGUGAGCAUAGUACACCGACGAAGCCAAAUAGUGUUCAUACCAAUUCGGUAGAAAGGUUAUUGAAUACAUAG